AUGUUAUCUGCAUUCAACGCAAUCUUAUAUCUUUCUCAGUCGACCGAGGAACCACUCCUCCGAUGCGUCGACAUUGGCUCAAGGAAACAAACGAGCGCUGCUUCCCCAGUCAAUCUAAAUCUCGCAUUAACGUUUGACGACGAGACUAUGGAUUCAUUUCAUCGAGGCAAAGCAUUCAUCCGUUCCGCCGUCUAUGUCGAAGUCAAAGCGACGAUCUCAGAGGGAUUCUUUGAGAUUCAAGAGGCGAUCCGAAGAUGA